GUUAUCUGCUGCGAUACCGCUGACAUCAAACAGCAGCGACGGGAGCGCGCUUCAGUCAAUCACACACACACACACCGCCAUAAUAACAGUAGCUCUCCAUCAGCAUCAACAACACAUCCGCAGGGGAAGCAAUAUGGUGAAAUUAGGCAGUAACCUGGUGGACAAGAUGGAGAGACAGCCGUCGGAGGAGGACGGUUUUGACAACAUCCCCCUCAUCACUCCACUGGAGGUGGGCCAGUUACAGCAGCCUUUCCCUGAUAAGGUGAUUGUGAAAACCACAGCGGAGUAUCAGCUGAAGGAGAAGAAGAGGAAGCUGUAUGUUCCGAGCAUCAAGAAGCUAAACAUAAACCUUUACGAUGAGAUGUCCGAGAAGCUGAAGCUGACUGGGUUGAUUAUUAUCACCUUGGCGUUCCUGGCGUGUCUGCUGCUGUUGGUCAUGUAUAAAGCGCUGUGGUACGAUCAGCUCGGCUGCCCUGAGGGCUUCGUUCUCCAGCACAGACACUGCACCCCGUCGGCUCUGGAGAUGUACUACCCUGAGCAGAACUCCAGGGGCAGCUUGUACACCGCCAUGACCCACCUCAACCAGGCCAAGAAGAACAUCCCAGAGCUGUCUCCUCCCUGGCUGCCAGUCAUGAAGGACAAGGUGAACCACUCCGAGAAAUAAGGGCGAGAAGGGGUCACUGUAUUUUCCCUUUAGAGAGUUUAUGAGGAUGAAAUUCAGAUAAUGUUGAUGGUCAAGUCAAUCGGAAGGCAUUUAUGUGUGUAUUUCGUGUUUAAAAUGGGAAUUUUGAUGGGAAAGGUUCUUCUGCAAUACAAAUGCUUUAAAAGAAAUCUACUCCAUACUUGAUUAGAAGAGAUCUAGACUCUGAAGCUCAUCCGAACGUGUUUUAAAUGUCACCACGCUGCUUUUCGACGGCACGUCUCACUGUGGCAUUGCAGAAUUAGUCGUGCUGCUUGUAAUUCUGCAAAAUUUGUUCACUGUUAGUUCUCACUUAUGGUUUCAUAUGAAGUCAUUUAGCUUAGUGUAAUGAAGUGCGUGUCGGCUGUGAAUUGUGUUCUAAUGAACUGCAAUGCAACUGAGAAAUGAGUGCAUUUACUAGAAAAACUAUUCCAAAAACUCUGAUCAUUCUCCCUUAAAUAAACUCUAACUACUGAUUGUUGUCUUAAAGCAACGUGUAUUUGAUUUACAAAGAGAAAAGCGAUUAUUACACUUUUUCUGUACAUUUUACUAAAUGAGGUAAUCUGACAUUUUUUUUUCUUUUGGUUUAAAAAGUACAUUUUAUACACAUUUGCAUGCUUAAAAAUAUCCUAGAAUUGAAAUUAAAGAUGUGAAAACCAAUUAAUUUGAAUGUAAAUAGGAGUAACAGUAAACUAUUUUAGGUAUUAGAAACAGUCAUUUGUGUUUGUUUGUGUGCUGAAACAUUUACACACAAAGCACCAGCAGCCAUUUAAAUGUUUAUUAAUGUUGUGGAUCGUUUAAAAAGUUUGAGAAUGUGAUAACACCUCGUGAAGGUGAGUGACCUUUGAAUUGUUUUUGUGGACAUUUAUCACUUCUACAGCAAAUCUGUCCCAGCUGAAUGUAUAAACUUCCAAAAGCAGAUUGAAACAUGUUUCCCUUUUCUGUUGUUGGGUUUUAUUUAUUACUAUGAUUGUGCUUUAUAUUUAUUUACUGUGAUCUGAUUUUUCUUUUCGGUUGCUAAAUGUAAAGUUCUAAUGUGCAUUAAUUUAUGUAUUUCUCUUAUUCAUUUGACUGGUGCUGGAAGUGAGAAUUGAAGUUCUUGUAAGGUGCUGCAGGUGAAAUCCUAAAGCCUGCAGUAUUAGUUAUUUCUGUGUGUGACAAACAUUUGUUCAUCCUCAGUGGAUAAUGACACAAUAAAGGUUUCAGUAUUCACCA